AUGCCCAGUCGGGGGUUCUUCUCGCGGGCGGUGCACUCCAGCAGCUCCGUGAAGCCCGGGCCAGCCUCUCUGCCCGCCGCCCGCCCCCAGCCGCUCUACGCCGGGCCCCCGCUCCCCGCCUCCCCCCCGCCCAAGAACGGCUGGUGGGGGGUGCCGCCGUGGCUGCAGCGGGGCAGCAAGGGCCUCCCGCGCCACAACUCGGGCCCCAUCCCGCAGGUGGCGCCGUCGGGCCCGGCCUCGUUCCCCGGCUCCCUUCCGGGCACUCUCCCCGGCGCCCUGCCCGGGACCCUGCCGGCGCGGACGUCGCAGCACCCCUACUACCUGCAGCAACACAAACAGCAGCAGCUGCUCGACAAUAAGAAGCAGCAGAAGAUCCAGCAGAAGCAGCAGCAGCAGCUCCUCCAGCAGCAGCCGCAUCCCCACGGGGGAGGGUCCCAUGCGGGGUCCCGGCCCCACACCCCCCGUGGACCCCAUGACCCUUACGUCAACAAUGGCCCGGACAACGGUCCCCACUCGCUGCCCUCCACGUGGCCCGGGCCGCUGCACCUCAGGGAACAGCAGCAGCAGCAGCAGCAGCAGCAGCAAAAGCACAACCACCACCUAGACCACAGGUUGCAGCCGCAGCUCCGGCCAGAGGAGCCUCCGGCCGAGCAGCAUGAGCAGCGGCACAAGCAGCAUCAGCAGCCUCAGCAGCACCAGCAUCCGAGCGAUGUCCCAUCCGUCCCCGGAGGAGUCCAGCUGAGGAACCUGGUUCCUUUGUUCAGUAAUGCCAAGAGUGAGAACAUGUAA